CUAAAUUUCAUUUUCAUUUUCUUGCAGUAUGGCUUUAUUCACUGUGCUUUGGCCGACUUAGUGAUCGGCAAAUUUGGCGAAGAUGCAUGGAAAUCUGUCAUGUAAGUUCAAUAUCUGGUUGCCUUCGAAUGACCGCGCGCGCUGUGUGAAUAUUAACUAGAUCCUUUUCUCCGUCUUUCUUCCUUUACUCUUUCAGCGAAAAAGCUGGAGUCGAGCUUGAUGGCGGCUCUUAUCUUAUCCAUAAAAUUUAUGAUGACGAAGAGACCCUUAGUUUGGUUGUUGCUGCCUGUGAAACCUUAGGUAAGCUUGUUCCAAAUAGCUUGUUCUUUUCUCGAACAGUUCCUAUAUUCCUGUCAUGAAAUUUGUCUGAUAUUCGAUCAAAUAUACGCGUACCACUGAGGUGUAAUUUUAGAUUCUUUGCAAUUAAUCGCCUGGAACCGAAGCAACACAGGUGGGAUAAUGUAUAAUUACCUCAAAUGACAAUUGAAAAUAUAUCAGAGACAUUUGAUUGUUUUAAAUUUAAGGUCUUCCUUUGAACGAUGUUUUGGAAGCGUUCGGUGCGCACUUUCUGGACUACUGCGUGCAGUCUGGGUAUGACCGUAUUUUGAAAGUCUUGGGGAGAAACCUGCGGGAUUUUCUAUGCAACUUGGACGCGCUUCAUGAUCACCUUGCGUCAAUUUACCCUGGGAUGGAGGCUCCGUCUUUUCGUUGUACCGAAACAAAAGACGGCACUCUUUUGCUACACUACUACUCAAGAAGGCAAGGGUUAGAGUACAUUGUGAUCGGAAUUGUGAAAGCAGUGGCUAAGCAAAUGCUCGGCACCGAGGUGGAAGUCUCGGUGCAACAUGCCCGAUCAGACGACAAUGACCAUGUCGUGUUCGCAAUCAAAGAAACUCUCUGUAAGAAUGCAAUGCAUUCAAAGCUUGGCCUGCAGACAUUUGCUUUUAAUACCUCCAAAGAGAGUAGCUGUCAGCUGUCAAAUCCGGCAAAGGGCGGAAGAAAGAGUCGCAAGGAUCCAAGCCUGUUGUCAUUCUGCAAAGCGUUUCCAUUUCAUGUUAUGUUUGAUCGAGCGCUCAAUGUCACGCAAGCAGGAGUGGCAAUGAGCAACGUUCUAAAUAAAAACAUCAGUAUUCCUUUUUUCUUUAAGGAUGUGUUUGAACUCGUGAGACCCCGCAUGGAAUUCGCGUUCGAGAAUGUACUUUCCCAUAUCAACACCGUUUUCAUUUUUACGGCAAAGCAUACUGCCCUUAGACUGGGAGCAAUGACAGAUCCUUGUCAAUUGCAAGGACGGAGAGAUAGUAAUGCUGUUUGUGUACUGCGCCUCAAGGGACAAAUGAUAUAUAUACCCCAAAAUGAUUGUAUUUUAUUUCUGUGUUCUCCGCGGGCCUCAAAUAUGGCAAUUUUCAAACAGCUGGGUAUUUUCUUCCAUGAUAUUCCCAUCCACGAUGCAACACGUGAUUUAAUCUUCAUGUCUCACGCAAGGAGAGCUGAGAGAGAGCUGGUAGAACAAUUGGAAGAAACAAGCAAUGACUUAAGAAAACUGGAAAGCAAACUUACAGAGAACAAACAGCGCACAGACGAGCUACUUCAUUCAAUUCUCCCGAAAGAAGUCGCGGCUAAAUUGCGGCUAAAUCAACCGGUUCCUGCGGAAAACUACAAAAUCGUAACAAUUCUGUUCAGCGAUAUUGUGGGUUUUACAGCUCUCUGCUCCGAUGACAAAAUAGUCCCAAUGGACAUUGUGCGAAUGCUGAACAAGUUGUAUACCUACUUUGACAUGUUGAGCGGCAUGCAUGAUGUUUAUAAGGUGAGUGAAAACUGAAUAAACUUAAAUGGCCUUUUAACUUAUCCAUUGUGAACCAGCAAGACGCCAACUUUGUGGUGACAAAAGUUUAUUUAAACAGUGUCUCUGGUGGUAAAUUAUAUUUACGAGUCUCAGUUAGUCUUGAAAGACCUUCGGUCCUUUCAAUUCACUUGGCGGAUUGCCCACCGAGUAGCAACCCUACUGUUCAGUCGGUUGUAGAGCUUCAUAAAAGCUUUUAAAUCCUCUCAUAAAGAACUUGUCACUCUUGUCUGAAAGCUGCAUUAAAAACCGCCGCGGGGGAACCAGAAAGACGAAACUAAUUUUUCUUAGAGAAUUGGCAAAGUAUCAACGGGAUCUUAAUUUAUUUCCAUGAUCAAUAAUUAACGAGGAAGUGAUGGCUAGAAAUUCCCCAUUUCUUUAAUAGUUUUCUUUCUGGUAAUCUUUCCCGGCUACCCAAAUAUUUUAUGCAAAUGCACCUUUUAUUUAAUUUUUCUGACAGCCAUAUAUAUUUGUCUGUUGUUUUCUCUGUUUCCUGAAUGGGCUGGAUUUAUUUAUUUAAGCGACCCCUAGUAGCGUUUUUGUCCUUUUUUCCCACUUUCACGAGAGCUUUAUUAUUGGAAACACUUGAAAACGUCUGACGCGAUAUAAACCCUCCCUUUGUGAAUUUUCAAUUUUAUUUACAUUAAAGCAAUAGAAAAAAGUUUCAAGGUUAACGAAGGAAAACAAAAUUUGAUCAAAAAGUGAUGGUGCACGGCCCGUAGCUACAAUACGAGACUCGAUGAGAAAAAAUUUGUAUGAUUUAAAAGCCAAAUAAUAGAGUUUAUGUGAACAUUUAGUCGCGUCGCGGACAGGUGACAAGGCUAAAUGUGUAGACAAAACAUUUCUGUUUAUAUUACGACUUUUAAUAGGAAAUUUAUAUUACUGCCCAUAAAAGCAUUUCGUACUUUUCAUAAUUAGCCUAGGUUUAUCUUCUUGCGGGAUUUUCAAGACAAUAUUCUGCUGCAUGAAUGAUGUUAUUUAAUGUAAUGUUCGUAAAUUCCAAUAUCUCAAUCUGGUUAAUUUGCGAUGUUUAGAAAUUGGUUUUGAGGUACAACUAAUUGAAAUCAGCUUUGUGAUUGAAAAGGAUUUUUCCCUUUAGGCGGAUUUCCACUGUCGCUUAAACUGAAUUUACGUGCGUAAUAAAGUACAGGCAAUACAUAUGAAAGGUCGAGCGUAAAGGUAAAAGUUGAGCGAGGUUCAACUUUUAGGGAAACGCGUGACCUUCCAUACAUUGCCUCUAUUUUAUUUGCGCACGUAAAAAUUACUUGCGUACGCGCUUUAAAAUUACGCUACAGUAGAAAUCCACUUUUUCAUCUUGCGCAUACUUUUGAUUUCACCUUUUUUUCUUUACUUCGUCCAUAAAAAGCCGAGAACUUGUGCUUUGUAAUGUUCCAUGAUAGAGAUAAAAUUUUAAAAUGACAAAUUCGUCUGCAACUUAAAUAGAUUGGCUCUUAUUUGGUUUCUCUUGGUCUCAAACUGCAGUGUUUUCUUAUUGCUAAAACCAUGAAUGCGACGAACCAGGAUAUUGUAACAAAAACAAUAACAAUCAAACUUUUUUGGGUUCAAUUUUUCUGAAGAAAUCUUAGUUUUUGCUGAAAAAAGCAUAUAAGCUUUAAGUUUUGUAAAUGAAUAUUUUAAUGACCGAGGAUUUGAAUUGGCAUUUCUUUAAAAAAAAUUCUUUGAAGCGGCAAGAUCACACGGAUUAAGGCAAAAGUUCUGAUACGCCCCUCGAAUAAAUGAAUUGAAUACUCGGCAAAUAUCUUUCACAAAAGCUAAACGUUUAAUGCCAGAGCUGACCAAACUGUUAUUUGCAGUAAAACGAUAAACCCUGUUUGUGUUUGUUAGUUUACUCAGGUCACAAUUUUCACCGACUGAGUAUCACCAAUGUUCUUUUUCUGCCGCAAUAACAUCGGGCAUUUAAGAACCCUUUAAAAAUGGCGCUUGUUUGCUAGCGGGUACAAUGUGAGGAAACUGAAGAGUUUCAUUUAGUCGCUACCUCUUCGUGACUUAUGCAUUGUUUUCGACAGUACAUCAGAAAAUCACUAAUGGCCGUACCAAAACAAGUUCUUUUUGAACCCAGAUUUUAAUAACAAUAGAUAAUACCGAAUACAAAGCGACUGUCAACAAAAGGCUUUACUGUCGUGACAAAUUCAGUCUUUUGUUUUGUGAGAUCAGGCUUAAGUUAACAUGUUUUGUUUGUGCGACUUGAGCUUCGUUUAGUACAGACGAAGUUCAAAGUGUAUUCUCAGCGCUGAAAUAGUGAGUUUACCGAACAGGACGGGAGAGAAAAGAAGACUGCAAACCUUGUGUGACAAGCUUCACACCUAAACGGUUUGCCCGUCUUCUUCUUCGGCCUCCGGUCCUGUUGUUUAAACUCACUAACGUCUUUUAUGAUACGCGACAGUUUUUAAAAAUCAUGGACCUCUACUGAAAUUUAAAUAAGAACAACAUUUUUGAGAGUUUUCACUAAAAUUCCGUUUAAGUGCUCUGUUUAUGAUUUAGGAAAAGACUGAUCUGGCUCGAAGGCUUGAUUUUAAUUUUUAAAAAGUAGUAUAAAAAGUGUAAAUCAAGUGUAGCCCGUGUACAGCUGCCCCUCCCCCGAUUUUGUUGGAAAACAGAAAGUUUACCUUCAUUUCAACACCGUAGGUGGAGACAAUCGGUGACGCUUACAUGGUGGUUGGUGGACUACCCAAGCCUUGUGACAAUCAUGCCGAGAAAGUAGCACAUAUGGCCUGCUCCAUGAUGGAAGCUUCUAGAAAGGUUCUUUCUCCUGUCGAUAGGACGCCUCUAAAGGUAGUUGCUAGUGUACAGAAUUGAUUUCGUAGGGUGCUCUCGAUUUGAAAAUCUUCAUUGGAAUUUGUAAUCCAGACUUUGGAAUAAAGCUCCGUAGCUGGCGGUUUCAAUAGGGAGUGGUGUGAACGAGCGCCAAAAGUCGGGAGGGAAGUGAAGAACAGGCAAUGAUAAAUCGGUUUUUAAUUUUCUAGCCGCCGUUCUCGUAGCUCCAGCUUGUUCGUUGGCGCCCGCACUCUCCCCUCCCCCCAAAAAAACCUUCUGCUAGGCAGGUUAGCAAUUCACAGUAAGUCCGAAAGAUGAGGAGAAAUGAACGUUCGGCGCACUAGAUGGGAAGGGUGUGCAAUUGUCCCCUCUCCCUUAAGCACGACUGUCAUCCCGUCUAAUUAAUUUUCCAGUAGGACAAAACAAUCACAAAUAAAUCGAAGCACAAUUGCAAGUUUUGACGAAAAAAGUAAGAUAAAUUUACACAUAGUACAGUAGACAAUGUUGAAAUGUAGACUUGGAGCUUACUAUCUUCCACCAGAUUUCUCUAUAAUCAUACAGCCAUCUUAUGACUAAACUAGCUUUUAUUUUUGUUCAGCAGUCACAAUCAUUUUGCAAUAAGCUCUUUGAUGCUAACCUAGGCAACGUCCUUGGAAACGUGAAUGUCACUUUGAAUUUUUCAAAAAUAACGUCUUUGGAUGGUGCACGAACUUGAUAUAAUCAGUUUUCCUGCAUUCUUUAUCAGAUUCGCAUUGGAAUUCACACAGGUUCAGUGAUGGCGGGUGUUGUAGGUAAGAUGAUGCCUCGGUAUUGUUUAUUCGGAAGCACUGUAACUCUGGCUAACAAGAUGGAGUCCGGCAGCAAACCAGGAUUCAUUAACGUGAGCUACGAGACUAAACGGUGA